AUGUCGAGACAACAACAAAAUCAAGCUACCAUCAUCAGGGAUUUGCUAAGGGCGGUACAAGAUUUGGGCGGACAACAAGCACAGGCUGGCCCUGCUAGUGUAAACACUAACAACACUAACUCAAUUGUGGAACAGUUUCGUCGUUACAAGCCCCCUACCUUUAAUAGGAUAACUGGCCCUCUAGCGGCCGAGGAAUGGAUAAGGGGUUUGGAACGAAUUUUCAAGCAUCUCUCUUGCACUGAUGCGCAAAAGAUUUUAUGUGCAGAGUUCAUGCUAGUUGAUGCAGCUGGCCACUGGUGGGAGUUCGUUUCACGGACUAGGACUGAGGCACAACAACGUAACCUCACCUGGGCACGAUUCAAAGAGAAGGUGAUGGGAAAAUACUUUCCACAAGCCCUGAGAGAUCGUAAGGAGACAGAGUUUCUGCAACUUAAGCAGGGAAAAAUGACAUUGGUUGAUUAUGAGAGGAAGUUCGAACAACUUUCUAGGUAUGCAGUGCAUCUAGUGAAUACAGAGCAAAAGAAAGCUAGAAGGUUCGAGCUCAGACUACGCCCAGAAAUUGGAGGAAUCAUAGCAUCUCAUGAAUUUACCACGUACAUUCAAGUUCUACAACGAGCUCAAGCAAUUGCAAAUCGACUAGAACUCGAUCAAACAACUCAAGAAAAUACCGAAUUUUCAGGAAAGAGGAAAUGGAAUGGGACGAACGAAGGUAAAGGAAAUGGACAAAAUAAGAGGGCUAGUUUUGAAAGGCGGUUAGAGUCAAACAAGCCGAAUAGUGUUCUUACUCCUUGUCCUAAGUACAAUAAGGCUCAUAGAGGCGAGUGUUUGUAUGGAAAUAAUGUAUGCUAUCGAUGUGGAAAGCAAGGUCAUAUUGCUACCAAUUGUCAGGAACCCCCACCAAAGAGGGACAACGAUCAAAGCAAAAAGGGACCAGCUAGAGUCUUUGCUUUAACCCAACAAGAGGCAACUGAGAAUUAG